GGGCUGUGGAAGCCGUUGGGUGCAGUCGUGUGGUCUUUACGCCGGGUUUCGACGCGGUCCGUCUCCUGUGGUCGUAGUGAAGUGAACUUGCUGAACAACUUAGACUGCUGCUUGUGUUCAGUUAUAUAUCUCCUGAUGGAAUAAACAAUCAGUUGUGCCAGAAUCUAAACAGCCUCAGUUUCCAGUGCCAGAAAAAACAACUUUAAAAACAAAGGAAAUUUUCAGUGACAGAAAAAAUAACUUUAAAAACCAAAGCAAUUUUCAGUGCCAGAAAACACCCGAAAACUCCUGAGAAAAAAACAACGUGAAAAUAAUUGUUCAAACUCUUAAGAGAAGACCUUUGGAAUUCGUUGACAGUGAUAAUGGGUGGCAUUAAGACCCCAGACUCUGCUGCUUCUUCGUGAGUGAAUUUGUUCCUCGAGAUAUAUUUGUUUAUUUUCUUUGCCCUUGGAAUCUGGCAUUGCACGACCAAGAAAUAAAAACAGACACAAAAAAACAAAAAAAAACAAAAAACUCUGAAAUGGAGCUUCACCGCAUCAGUGUAGUUUAGAUCCUCAGUGAAGCUUGGUGCUUCCUGACCGUCUGUCUGUCUGUCUGUCUAUCUUGAAUUUCUUGAAGAUGCUGUACCUUACCGGCAUAGUGGCUGCCGCAGGAGGGGGAGGUAUGGGAGGAGGAAGUGGUGGGAUAGGAGUAGGUGGGGGCGGCUUCGCCCCCAGCAUCGAGAGCUCCUAUGCCUACUCGUCGACGACCCUCUCCCCCUCGGGAGGACACUCGACUGACGCGGACACGCAGCCUUCCUUCUUGGGUAGACACAAUGCCACAGUUUCGGUCCACGCGAGCGACACGGCUUCCCUCGACUGUCAGGUGCUCAGACUGAAUGAGAAGACGGUGUCGUGGAUCCGUCGAAGGGGUGACCUCAUCCAUAUCCUGACCGUCGGAAUCCACACCUAUCACAACGACAACAGGUACAGCGUGCGCUUCGAGAACCCAAACAACUGGAAACUGCAGAUCCGUUACGCACAGAAGAGAGACGAAGGUCUAUACGAAUGCCAGAUAUCCACCCACCCGCCCAAAAUAAAGAGGGUUUACCUCAGCGUAACAGUGCCUGAAAUCGAGGUUCGAGACCCAAGGGGGGCGGUGGUCCGCGACGCCUACUACAGGGUGGAUUCGACAGUUGGCCUGCAGUGCGUGGUGAUGCCAGCCCCACCGACCCGUCUCGUCAGGUGGACCAAAGGAAACCACAUUGUUAACACGAUGCCAGAGAAAGGCAUCAGAGUGGACACCACCCUCGUCGGGAUGGGCAUCAGUUCAUGGCUGCACAUCGCCAGAGCGACAGAAUCGGACUCCGGGAAUUACACCUGUUCUGCUGGGGACACGGUUAUGCGCUCCGUGAGGGUCCACGUCCUGGACGGAGAGAGUUCCGCAGCAAUGCAACACUCCACAACGGACGGAGGGACCCACACCUGUACGACGUCUCCCUUCCUCGUCCUCGUCGUCCUGUCGAUAGUCCUGAGGCUCAGGUAGAUCCUAAAAGGACGUCAACCUUCUUUUCAUAUCAGGAAGAGGAGGAGGCUCAGGUAGAUCCUAAGGACGUCAUCCUUCUUUUCAUAUCAGGAUGAGCAACGGACGUCCCACACACGGACAUCCUUCGUAGGAUUCACAGUGGUGGUCCUCGUGAGCGCAUGAGAAUUGCAGACAUCUCUGUGAGUGGUUGUUAUUGACAAUCAAUGCAGUUCUUUUUUGUGUGAAUCGACCUAAAACUUAUUCACGUGUCGUUAUUAAGUAAGUGACUGUAAGUUUCGUCUUCAGUGGCAUUUUUCGAGUGUGAAGUGACAUUCGUUAUAUAAGCAAAGUAAAGACAUACUCGUGCAGGGGGUUGGAAAAGUGUCCCAAAUAGGUUUGACUUCUUGUUGGUAAACGUCAAACCUUUAUUGAUUGUGGUGUGGUGAGUUUUGUAUACACCUAUCGCAAAUAUAUUUUUGUUUGUGUUUUUUUUCCUCCUAAUCAUAUGUUGUCUCCAGAAUCAUAAACUAAAGUAUCUUAUGGAAGAGGGUCGAUUUCUCUAGCUCACGCUGAGGGACAAUUAUGGUAAAUAAGCUCUCUAGACUGGUACAGUGAACAAGCUCUCUAGACUGAUACCGUGAACAAGCUCUUUAGACUGAUAGAGAAAAAUACCAACUUCUUGGGAUGUGAAUGGAAAGUUAACAGCGUUGGCGCAUGCGCGGAACAAUGGCUGUGGUUACUGCCUAUCCAGUGCUAUCGUCGAAAAGUAUGAUUUUCAUGCCUCGUAGGAAAAGGAGUUUGUUCAUAUACAGUUGACGAUGAAUCCAAAAACAAUUUGACUGGAAAUGAACUGUUCGAAGUGCAGUUGAAAUUAGAUUUUAUACAGGCGUGAGGAAGAGAGGAAUAGAGAGAGCGAGAGAGAGAGAGAGAGAAACAAAUUUUAUGUGAUGUGAUACUACAAACAUUCUGAAAGGCUCCAAGCAGCAGAACAAUGAACUUCGACAACUUCUCCCAAUAACCAAAGCUUCUUAUUUUCUGGAGGAAAUGAAUAAUGAAAUAAAUUGAACCAAGACAUUAGAGAGAUAUCCUAAUAUUUAUUACUGAUAAAAAAUAAAAAAUAAAAAUUGAAUCGAGCAAAAUCAGCAAGUUUUAUGUUUUGUCUUCAGUCUGUUGGAGAGACCAGACGCAAAUGAUAGAUCAUGUCAGUGACCAAAAAAAAAAUAAAUAAAUAAUCAUUUUAGAAAAUAAAAAGGCUAAUAGUGA